GACACAGAGUCAGUGAGAGAGAGAAAAAGUGAGAGAUUGUGUCAGAGGGGUGGGCUCUCGUGAAUUAUAUAAAUUCAGGGUCCUGAUGAAGUUAUAUGUAUUAAAGGGAAGAAAACUUCUCUAGGCUGUGUUGUAGAACUUAACAAAGCAUUAUUGCAUCAAGAGUUUUUCCUGGAGUAAUACACAAGUCUGACAAUGGCCAAUCGCAAAGCUGUAUUUCAAGGUGUGGACCUGCAGUGCAAAGUGAAUAACCGUGCCCACCACACAGAAGAAAUAGGCACGAAGCGGCUGGUUGUGCGUCGAGGACAGCCCUUCUCUAUGCUCCUGUAUUGUACAGAUUCCCCUCCACUGCCUCCAAACCACCAGCUCACCCUGGUCCUCAACCUGGGUGCACGGGGGGAGGUGGUUAUGAGAGUGUCGGGUUCGAGAACAGAUCAUGGUCAGUGGUGGUUCAGUCAGCAAGUUGCUCAAAGUGAGGUGUUGCUGAGGGUCCAUAGCCCUGCUGAUGCCCCUGUGGGUCAGUACAGCGUUACUGUGCUCUUGCUCUCUUCUGAGGGACACAUCCUAGAGCAGAGUUCCCCUCAUACUUUUUUCCUGCUCUUCAACCCCUGGUGUAAAGCCGACUCUGUGUAUUUGCCUGAUGAUGAGCUUCUUUGGGAGUACAUCCUAAACGAGAAUGGCAUCCUGUACCAGGGCUCCUGGGACCAAAUCACCACUCAGCCCUGGAACUUUGGACAGUUUGAAGAAGAUGUGAUGGACAUCUGCUUUGAGGUACUGGAUAACUCCCCUGCUGCCUUGAAGAACUCUGAGAUGGAUAUCAAUAAAAGAGCCGACCCUGUUUAUGUUAGUAGGACAAUUACUGCAAUGGUAAAUGCAAACGAUGACCGUGGAGUGAUAUUCGGGCGCUGGGAUGGUGAAUACAGCGAUGGUGUGGCCCCUACACGGUGGACUGGCAGUGUUCCCAUCCUGAGACGCUGGAGUGAGGGAGGGGCCCAGCGGGUGCGUUAUGGCCAAUGUUGGGUUUUCUCCGCUGUAGCCUGCACAAUUCUUCGCUGUUUGGGCAUUCCAACUCGAUGUGUCACAAAUUUCAGCUCAGCUCAUGACACUGAUGGCAACAUCAAUGUGGAUUGCCUGUUUAAUGAGCAGCUGGAGGGUGUAUCCGAGGGCAGGAAUGACAUGAUCUGGAAUUUUCAUUGUUGGGUAGAGUCCUGGAUGAACAGAGAGGAUCUCCCAGAAGGUUAUGAUGGAUGGCAAGUACUUGACCCAACCCCUCAGGAAAGGAGUGAUGGUGUAUACUGUUGUGGACCAUGUCCAGUGAAAGCGGUGAGAGAGGGUGAGGUGGGGAUGAAAUAUGAUGCACCAUUUGUGUUCUCUGAGGUGAACGCAGACAUGGUCUACUGGAUUGUUCAUCCAGAUGGGGAGAGAACACGAGCGUCGGUGAACCACACGACUGUGGGAAGAAACAUCAGCACUAAAAGUGUUUAUGGAGACUACAGGGAAGACAUCACUGCUAACUACAAAUACCCUGAAGGUUCCAUAAUGGAGCGAAAGGUCUAUGAAAAGGUAGGGAAACGAGUGGUGAGACAAAAUGCACAACCUGGCAAGCUGGAGCUGUCUAUCAAGCAUGCCCAGGCCAUUCAUGGAACAGACUUCGAUGUAAUUGUGGAGGUGCAUAAUGUUGGUGGAGAAGACACGCCUGCUCAGCUCACGGUCACAUCCAAUGCUGUCACAUACAACAGUCUCCAUCGGGGAGAAUGUCAAAGGAAAACUGCCCAACUCAGAGUGCCAGCACAGAAAGCUCAUAAAGAAGUGAUGAGGCUUCGGUACGAUCAUUAUGGAGCAUGUGUAUCAGAGCAUCACCUGAUCAGAGUCACAGCACUCCUGAAAACCAGCAGCGAGCAAAAUGCCAUCCUGCAAGAGGUCAACAUAUCCUUAAAAAUGCCCAAGCUCCAUAUCAAGAUGAUUGGAGAAGCAAUGGUAUCACGUAAACUGACAGCACGCAUCUCCUUCACGAACCCACUGCCUAUCACUUUGACAAGAGGGGUGUUUACAGUGGAGGGCGCGGGGCUAACAGAAGCACAAGAGAUCCAGGCUCCUGGUAAUAUUGGACCUGGCCAGGAUGUUGUAGUGAAAUUCUCCUUUAAACCCAUUCGAGCUGGGCUGAGGAAGCUGCUGGUUGACUUUGACUCAGAUAGACUGAGAGACGUCAAGGGUGAAGCCACUAUAAUUGUUCAGAAGAAAAGAUAUGACAAUGCUUAAACUUCUCAAACACAUGGCUCAGUUAAAUUCAAUUGAUGCAUGAAAUCAGAAACUUAUUGUACAAGAAAACAUAUAUAUAUAUAUAUAUAUAUAUAUAUAUAUAUAUAUAUAUAUAUAUAUAUAUAUAUAUAUAUGUCUUUGUUUAUAACUGUAGCUUGUAGAAUUUCUGCUUAAAACUGAAAACUAAAAUGAUAUUUGUUUCUGUAUAUACAGCACAAUUCUGUGGACAAUUCUUUGCCCUUCAUGAAUACAAAACCUUGAUUUAAUUUGCUUUUAAAUAAAAUAUUCGCUUAUAGGGAAACCUUGAACUAAAGUGAAUUUAUGCCUAGGGAAAAAAUAGGUUUGGGCUAAAGCAAUAAGCAUCAUAUAGUAUGUUGCUUAGAAAGAAAGUAAUGUUUUGGACUAUUUGUGUUACUAAUAUUAUUCAAUAAAACACACACAUACAUUAUAGAGACAGAUCAGUAAAACUUGGAGAGUGAUUGAUAAUACCCUGGACACCAUACAUUCAUUGGAAUUCUGUUUCAGUGCAUUCUCAUUGAAUCUCCACAGUCCUUGAGUACAGAUUAAGGCUACAGAUUGAGAGUGAAUAGUAAUCUUAUUGUUUCAUUAUGAUUUUAUGUGAAAUGUAUUAUAUCUGUUGUUUAUGAGUGAUUAUAUAUGAGUCAGCGCUUGCACUUCUUUGAUCUACUCUGCAUCUCUUCCUCCUUAUCACAUCUUUGGAACUUUCUGUUGGUUUUACUGUUUCAUGUUCAGUAAAUGUUGUUUUGUUGAACCA